AUGGCCGACGACCAAAGGGUUUUAAGGGACGAACGAGUUUCGGACAAACGAAAACCGGACGAUUUUGUGGCUAUUUACGGCUUGAACAGCGGGACUUCCGCUUCCCGUUCACUUGUGGAGCAUGGUGUCCAAGAAGGAGCUUUCAAGAAACUGAAAGUAGAAACGACUUGCAGUUCGUCGCUUGGAUCAGUAGGAUUGUCUACAGUUGUGGGUGCGGGAACGGGAGGAAGCGGCGCUUCAGCGACCGGCAUUGCCAACUGUCCGCCUACUCCGGCUCGCCGCCGUCAUCGAACCACCUUCACGCAGGAGCAGCUGCAAGAGCUCGAGGCCGCCUUCGCCAAGAGCCACUACCCUGAUAUCUACUGUCGGGAGGAGCUUGCUCGGAUCACCAAACUCAACGAGGCACGGAUACAGGUGUGGUUCCAGAAUCGACGAGCAAAGUAUCGUAAGCAGGAGAAACAGUUGCAGAAAGCUCUUGCCACUCCCUCCAUUCUUCCAUCCUGUAAUGGAGCUAUGAUGAGAAACAUUUACUCCUCAGCAUCACCUACUACUCGAUCGUAUCAGUAUCCCCAUCACAACCCGAUCAAUUCGGUCGGAGCAGCUCGUUAUCAGCCUAUGGCUGCAGCAUCUUACCCACCAAUGGCAACUCAACCAUUCUCCAUGUCUCACGCAGCUGCACAUAACAUGGCCGUCAUGCGCCAAGAUCACGAGGAAGACUGGUACAAUAAAGGAUUUCUUCGAAUGAACACCGCACCACACCCGAAUCUACCACCACCCAUGCUUCAAUACCAAACAUAAGUUGUGACUUGUGUAGAACUAAACUUCAAAAACAAGCAAAAAAAAAACUCGAUCAAUUGGAACUUGGAUUAAUUCACGAGUUGUGGAGAUUUCGAACGAGCACAUAUGGGCCUAUGAAAUUUCGUGAUUUUAAAAAAUUCCAAGAACUUCACUUUCAAUUUAUUUUGAAGAUUUCGAUUAGUUUUUGGAAGGUGCUGUCUUUGAAAUUAAUAUUAUAGUAGAUGAUGUGUCUGCUCUUUAGGUCUACGUUUUUCUUUAACUAGCUGUA